AAGCAAAAAACGCGUCGCCGGAGGAAAGAGUGGUUGGAAAAUGUCCUAGAGAAGAGUGAAAUGAAUUUCGAUGAGGAGGACCCUGAAGAUGGUACGCGUGCUGCCGCCGUCGCAUUCAUCUCGACGGAUGCACCUAGUGCAAAACUCGAUCAGGAUCAUAUGCAACCAGCGGCUGAAAGAGUUGGAGCAGGAAAAGACCUGGACGAGACUCGAGAAGAUGAAGCUGAGGAGGAGGCUGAACCAGAACUGCCUGAGAACCCUAGUCCCAUCUUUAUGACAGGAAAGAAAUUGAUUCCCGUAUUGAGUAAUAGAUUCUGUUCCCGACGAUACACCGGUACCCCGUUGGAAGAAAUGGACGACUUUUACAGGAAUAAAAGGACAGGUAGAGGUACUGAUCUCAUAGAGUAUUUUCAUCCCAAAACUCAGGCGGAUGCUGCAGGUCAGGCUGAGUUCCCUGACAGGAUGCUCUGCGCUCAGCUCACUGAUGUACUCUACAUUUAUAGGCUUAUAUUUACAGUCUUCUACACCUGCGAGGCCUGCGUCAAGGUAAUCGCCUGUGGCCUCAUCAUCGAUGACUUCACAUAUCUACGUGACGCCUGGAAUUGGCUGGAUUUUACAGUUAUAAUGUUGGCGUGA